AUGGCCCGAGCCCUGUUUUCGCUCCUCUCCUUCCUCCUGGCCGUGCUGCCGCUCUGCUAUGCCGCCACAAAAACCUUCACCCUGAAUCUGGCCUACAGCACUGUCGCCCCCGAUGGCUUCUCGGGCCGUAUGAUGCUGGCCAACGGCCAGAUCGACUACCCGAUCUCUGUCAACAAGGGUGACGAUGUCGAGAUUACCGUCGUCAACAACCUCGACGUUGCCACGACCAUCCACUGGCACGGCAUCUUCCAGAAGGGCACUCCCUUCAUGGACGGUGCUGGUGGAGUCACCCAGUGCCCCAUCCAGCCCGGAGCCACCUUUGUCUACAAGUUCAACGUUGGCGACCAGACCGGCACUUACUGGUGGCACGCCCACUACAAGUCGCAGUAUGUCGAUGGCCUGCGCGGCCCCUUCAUCAUCAACGACCCCAGUGACCCCUACAAGUCUCAGUAUGACACCGAUCUCACUGUCACUCUCUCGGACUUUCAUCACAAGCCCUCGCAGGAGCUGCUCAACUACUACUUCACUCCCAACGAGGGCGCCUUUGAGCCCGUUCCCGACUCUGGCCUGAUCGGUGGCGCCGGCCGCUUCAACUGCAGCUUUGCCCCCGCUGGUUCGACCUGCAAGGACAGCAACCCUCUUACCGUCUACAACGUUGUCCCCGGCAAGCGCUACCGUCUCCGCUUGAUCAACACCAGCGCCAUGGCAAAGUUCAACUUCACCAUCGACGGUCACAACAUGACCAUCAUCGAGGCUGACGGUGUCUACACCAACCCCACCGUCGUCAACAUCCUCCCUAUCCACACCGGCCAGCGCUACUCGGUCAUUGUCACCGCCAACGCUCCCACGGCCAUCGGCAACUUUUGGAUGCGCGCCGACAUCAACAACCUGUGGGAUCCCGCUCCCUGGCUCGCUGGCGGUCUCAACCCCCAGGUCCGCGCCAUCUGGCGAUACCAGAACGCUCCUGUCGUCGACCCCACCACCCAGAUCGCCACCGACCUUGGCUUUGACGUCUACUCCCUCGGCGAGCUCAACGGCAUUGCCGUCGGCAACAACCCUUCGUGGAACUCGUCCAUCUACCUGGACUUUUUCAUCGGCCCUCUCGGUGAUCAGAACAUCACCACCGCCACCACCACUCUCUCCGGCCCCCCGGACUGGACUUCGGUUCAGUAUUUGAUGCCCAGCGUUCCCAGUCUCUACACUGCCCAGCAGAACCAGGCCCUGCCCAACAGCUCCGCCCCCAUCCCCGUCGACGAUGGCUCCUGGGUCUACAUCGAGAUCCACAACGACGACGCCAUGGAACACGUCUUCCAUCUCCACGGCCACACCUUCUAUGUCGUUAGCCAUGGCCGCCUUCUCCACGCCCCGACCGCCACCGCCACCCUGGCUCGUCGUGACAGUAUCCAGGUUCCUUCUUGUGUCGGUGGCCACGGUGGCACCGGUGAGCAGGGCUGUUUGAAGGGUUUCCUCGGCAUCCUCGUCAACUUCAACAACCCCGGUACUUGGCUCAUGCACUGCCACAUGGAAUGGCACAUGGCCGCCGGUCUCGUCGUGACCUUUGUCAACAAUGCUGGUCUCUCCAGUGUCGACUUCCCUAGCGGCUUCUACGACCAGUGCAACGCCCCUACCAAGAAGACCAAGACCAAGAAGACCAAAGCUACCAAGAAGCACCGUAGUGCCGCUGUUGCCGCCUAA